AUGGCCACCGAAAAGACCAUUCGAGAGCGCAACGAUGUCGACAAUCUCUCUGACAACGAGCCGUCUGCAGGGAUGGCCGCGCACAGCCGUGGUAGCAUACUCAUCCGCAACGCCAAAGCCGCGACGGAGAAGGAGCACAAAAUGAGCCUGUUCCAGGGCCUCAGGCUGUAUCCAAAGGCCGUGGGCUGGUCCAUGCUCAUCUCACUUUGCAUUGCCAUGGAGGGCUUUGAUCUUUGUCUGCUGGGGACUUUCUAUGCGAUGCCGCAGUUCCGCGAAAAGUACGGCGAGCAACUGCCUGAUGGUGACUAUCAAAUUCCGGCGCCCUGGCAAGCAGGGUUGAGCAAUGGAGCUGUUGUGGGAGAGAUUAUUGGCCUGAUGAUCAAUGGCUACGUUAGCGAGAGAUUCGGCUACCGCUACACCGUCAUCGGGUGUUUGACCCUGCUCACUGGUUUUAUCGCCAUAUUUUUCACCGCGCAGAGCGUCGAAGUCCUCCAGGUUGGUGAGAUCCUCUGUGGUGUACCAUGGGGGGUUUUCCAGACUUUGACCAUCACGUAUGCAUCCGAGGUGUGCCCAGUGGCCUUGAGAGGGUAUCUGACAACAUGGGUGAACUUCUGCUGGGGCCUCGGUCAAGUGAUCGGAGUAGGCGUGGUCAAGUCGAUGAUCAAUCGCACCGACGAAUGGGCUUACCGCAUCCCCUAUUCUCUGCAAUGGAUGUGGCCUCUUCCUCUUGCCAUCGGCGUCUUUCUUGCGCCCGAGUCGCCCUGGUGGCUCGUGCGCAAAAACCGCCUCGAAGAUGCCAAGCACGCGCUCUUGCGUCUCACUUCGCUCAACAAGGAAACAGAAUUUGACGCUGACGAGACGGUCGCCAUGAUGGUGCACACCACCGCGCUCGAGGAGAAGAUCACCGCUGGCGCCAGCUACUUCGACUGCUUUAGAGGGGUGGAUCUGCGCCGCACCGAGAUCGUGUGCAUGGUCUGGGCGAUCCAGAAUCUCUCCGGUAAUUCAUUCUCGGGCUACAGCACGUACUUCUUGGAGCAGGCCGGACUCGAUCCGGAAGAUGCGAUCAGUUUUACGUUGGGGCAGUACGGGAUCAACAUGGGAGGCGUGUUCGGGGCGUGGUUCCUCAUGAGUUUGGGGGUCGGCAGACGUACUCUGUAUCUGUAUGGCCUCUGUGGACUGUGCACGAUGUUAUUGAUCAUGGGAUUCCUCGGCCUGGCUAGCGAUCGCCACGCGGCCAGUCUGGCGACGGGGAGUAUCAUGUUGGUGUGGGCGUUAUGCUACCAACUGACCGUGGGGACGGUCUGCUACAGUCUGGUCGCGGAGUUGAGUACGAGGAGGCUGCAGAUCAAAACAGUAGCUCUCGGACGGAUCAUGUACAACAUCGUUGCCAUCAUCUGCAACAUCCUCACCCCGUACAUGCUGAACCCCGGCGAGUGGAACUGGGGCAACUACGCCGGCUUCUUCUGGGGCGGGAUCUGCUUCCUCUGCAUCAUCUACACGUACUUCCGCGUGCCAGAGCCUCGGGGCCGCACGUUCGCAGAACUGGAUCUCCUGUUUGAGCGCGGCGUCCCGGCGAGGAAGUUCAACAGCUACCAGAUCGACGUGUUUGCGGACGAUGCGGGACGAAGCGUCGGUGGCGAGCAGGUGCAGGGCUAUGAGGAGAUGGAGAAGAGGGGGUCCGUGGUGGUCUGA